AUGCCCCUCGUCUGUAACUUGUGGCCACGCUGCCGUCAUGUGCUAUGGCAAGACGCGAACGGAGCACCAGUUGAGCCCACUAUCGAGAUGCUCGCUACCGUUGAUGUUGCGGUGUACCCCUGGCGCUGCCAAACUUGUGCAGACCUCGGAUAUCCCUACUACGUUCCCAGAAGCUCUCAUCUCACCAACGCAGAGAUCGCUGCCGAGACCGUGCUUCGCGCUGCUCAGCCUGGAGACUCACUCAAGGAGCUGUUUUCCGAGGCCGACAUGGCUGCCUUCUGUGAAGCUCCUCAGGAUCACUACCAUGAAGGUCCGCUAGGUGGUUGGGGUCCCGGAGCUGGAUGGGACCCAGAGAUCCCUGAGCGUGACAUGCCAUCAACUACUUCUCGUGGUUCCAAAGAAAGGUCCUCGACCAGCGCUUUCAUUGACGAUGCCUCGUUCAAAGUUGUCAAAACUGUCUCCUCGACCAUAACUCUUGAUGACCAACCUUCCAUCACCAUGGCUCUCAACGAUCGACCCUCCACCAACGUCCUAAGCAGGGAGUCGCCCAGCAAGAGCUCCUUCCACACUACCACUCCCACUACCUCCCAACAUCACGAAGUUAUUCAUCUGGCUUCCGAGAGUGAAAAAGUUCAUCGCGCCGGCCCUGAAAAACAUCGUAUGGUAGACAGCACCCGUUCCAGCCGCAGUGAGUCUGGUCAUCACUUUGGUGUUCCUCAAGGUGCCUCUGGACCCUUUGACUAUACCUAUCCCAUUGCUCGUCCUGAUCCGCUUGCCAUGGUUGCUCCGACCUUCCGCAACAUCACGGCGACUACUUCCCCAUCAGACACUCUGGCCUCCGCAACAAGUCCCCUCGCUGCUGCUGCUGCUUCACCUUCCGAUCACGCACCUGUGACCAGCGGCACGGGUAGUAGUUCCGCAUCUGCCACAGUGGGAUUGACUCUUGUCGUCGGUGGUGUGACCUACCCCCGCAUCGAGAACGGCAAGGAACGCUGGUACACGCAGCGUUCCGGCCACAAGAAUAACUACUCUAGAUACAGUGACUUGGCGAAGUUUGAUACUUCCAAGGGCAUCCGCAUUGCUCCAAAGGCCAGCAGGGCUCAAUUGGAGGCUGCUCGCCGUUACCGUACAUUUGGUUGA